AUGGAUACUCUUAAAUCAGGACUCAAAGCCGGAUACAAAGGAACAAAAAGUGUGGCAAAGUCUGGAUGGCAAUCAGGAAAAAAACGUUCUCAUAAGCACCACGAGGACAGAGAGUCAAGAGAUUAUGAGGGUGCCAGAUAUGGGUAUGGUCAUGAUACACAUACUUCAGCAUCUCCUCCGCCAAUGAGAAAUACAUCUGCAUAUUCCUCACCAUCUAUGCCUCAACGACAGUUCCAAACACAUCCCUAUAAUCCAAAUUCACCACAGCCCUAUAAUGCAACAAGCCCAGUCACCCUUAAUAAUAUGGGAUCACAACCAACUACCUAUAAUUCUCAACAGAAUAUGUUUCCAACGCAGAAUCAACCUGGAGCGUAUUCGCAACCCGGUCAAUACAACCAGUAUAACCAACCUCAACCACAACAGCAGGCGAUACAACCUCCAAAUACAUAUGCUAACAAUGCACAACCUCAAGCAACGAAUCCACCGAAUUUGGGUACACAACAGUAUUAUAAUGGAAGUACAGUUCCAAAUACUAAUUUCCAGAAUCCUAUAGUAACUAUGCCUCAACAACAAUCCUAUAAUAAUAGCACCUUAACGAAUCCAAACCAGCAAGGAUAUUACAAUGGGAGUGCAGCUACUCCAAGUACUAGUACGGUAUCGUCAACCCAGUCCAAUAAUUAUAAUGGUGUGCAGCCAAAUGUACAACCAUAUUCUCCUCCAAAUCCCCAACAGUAUUAUAGUAAUCCAACGACUCAACAGCAACAGCAACAACCAGUUCCUCAGGCAACGUAUAAUCAACAACAGCAGCAACCCUUGCAACCCUUACAACCCCCCAUCCAAUUGCAGCAGCAGCAGGAACAACAACUGCCGGGUGCCCAGGCUCAGACCCAGACUCCUUUCUCACCUAGCUAUCCAACUAAUUUACCAAAUCAAGGUGUUGCAUCAACCCAACCUUACUAUAGUGGAAAUAUGAUUGAUAUAUCAAAAUUACCACCACCUCCACAACAUAAGGGGAGGGCAAUGAUGAAGCAGGGGGGAGAAGAGAAGGAACCGGUAAGUGACCCAAAUUCUAGUGCCAUUAAUACUGAAUCUCAACAACCAAACAAUGCACAACCUGAAAAUGGGGUUCCACAGCAACAGUUACCUCCACAGCCUGUCUCCAAGCCAUCAAUGAUGAAUAAUAAUAAUUUGGAACAAACUCCCGUUCAGGAAAACUCGAUGCCAAAUCAACCAAAUGCAUCUCGUCUUCCUCCCUCACUUCCAACAAGAGGUGCUUCUAUUCAGAAUACGAAUGUUCCCACAAUGGAACCUCAAACAGAAAGUUCACCAAGUCAAGUCCAGAAUGUUAGUCCUUCAGGUAUAGGAAUAAAUGCUCAAGAAUCUCAAGAACCUCAAGAACCUCAAGAACCUCAGGGAAACGGGAUGGAUGAUAUGUUAAAUCAGAUUCAACAUGUAAAAUUGAGGAAGGCCAGUAAUACGUAUGAGAAACAGCAACAGCAAUUUAAAGAAAAUAAUUCAACUUCAGAUCUUCAAGACGAAGUAGAUGAUAUGGCAUCUCAGCUACAGCAUAUUAAAUUGAGAAAAUCAACUGGCAUAGAAGAGGCUAGGAAAUAUUGUGCAAGAGAGGCUUCUGAUGAGUUAUCAGAGCAUGUCCAAUUGAGAAAGACAUUGAAAGAGGAAGAGAAAAGGAAUCAACGAACUCCUAAAAAAUUACCUCCGGUACCCAAGAAGAAGGCCAGUUUAAAGCACGUGCCACCUGUUGUUCCUAAAAAGAAACCGGUAUUAAGUAAAAUUAGAGUCGAUCAUUACUCAGAAUGA